AUGUUAAAAAAGAAUUUUCACCGUUUCUUUGGACGUAUCCUCGACACGCACAAUGAUCAUCAUGGUUCCUUCUCUCCCUCACAAAUUUUUUCAUCAUCAUUCACCCAUUCGAAACCUUUUAAAACAUAUUCAAAAAACAAUUUAUUUCAACAUAAAGGUUCCGAAAAUGAAUUACAACAUGACCACACUCCUUCCGAAAUGCAUUUAAAUAAUAAUAUGAAUCAUUCCAAUCAUUUAAAUUAUUCUUCAAGUAACUCUCAACAUGAUGAUUCGAAUAUUUUCUCUUCAUCAACACUGGAUAACAAAAAUUCAUCCAUCACCACAAGUAAGAAAAAUCUCAUUGGACUCACAUUGCAAGAACUCAUAGAUACACUUUCCGAAAGUAUUCCCUCUAUCACACCACACAAAGCCACUCGAAUUUUUUCACACAUGUACACACAGGGUCAAACAAGUUUUCAUGACAUGAAAGUGACCAUUACGAAACGAGAAAUGGACGAACUGUCAGAAAAAUUUGAAAUUCGGUAUCCCAUGAGUGUAUGUGCAGAAACUAUUAGCUCUCUCGAUAAAACUAGAAAAUAUUUAUUUGAUUUGCAUGAAGAUGAGAGAAAAGUAGAAGGAGUGGUCAUGCAUUUUCCAGAAAAGGAAAGAAUUACCAUGUGUGUGUCGAGUCAAGUUGGAUGCAGUAUGAAUUGUAGUUUUUGUCAUACUGGAUCUCAGAAAUUAGAACGAAAUUUGACAGCGGCUGAAAUUGUGGGUCAAGUCAUGCUUGCAAAACAAAAGUAUCAUAACUUUCCUCUUCAUGCUUACUCGUUGCCAAUUCAGACAGAGAAGGAUCGAGAGAAGAGAAGGAAUUAUAAUGAAAAUGCUGUUUCAAAUGUGAUAUCAGUACCUGAUCAAAUGGAGAGAAUUACACAUAUUGUUUUUAUGGGUCAAGGAGAACCAUUAUACAAUCACAAGAAUGUUUUUAAGGCUGUGAAAAUUCUUAAUGAACAACACGGACUCAACAUUUCUCGAAAACGUAUUGGAAUUUCUACAUGUGGCGUUGUGCCCAUCAUGAGACGUGUCGUGACAGAACUCGGUGUCGAUUUAUUAAUUUCUCUUCAUGCCACCUACAAUGAUUUACGCGAUGUUUUAGUUCCUAUUAACAAGACCUAUCCAUUGGAACAUUUAUUUGAAACUCUUCGAGAAAUGAUUCUAAAUAAGGAACUCGAUCGAAAAGUGACUUUUGAAUAUGUCAUGCUUCGUGGUGUGAAUGAUUCAAUUUCUGAAGCUCAUCGACUGGUGGAAUUGGUCAAAGGUAUAACAUGUGCCUUUCAUUUGAUUGAAUUUAAUACAUGGCCUGGUGCUCCCUAUGAAUGUUCGACAUCAGAGACGAUUGAUGCAUUUGGAGCAGUUCUGAGAAAUGCAGGUAUUCGAACUGGUGUGAGAAGAUCGAAAGGAAAAGACAUUCAAGCUGCGUGUGGACAAUUGAAAACUUCAGAAUUUGUGAAAAGUAGAAGGGCUGAACAGUUAAGAAGAGUCUCAGCUCAACUGUAA